GACACAGUGUCCAUGUUACCAAUAACUCCACGUUACUGAUAGUUUUGAUAUAGAAAGAGCACUGAAUUAUUUAUCGGCUCAUGUCUUCUUAAGAUAACCUUUACAUUCAAAUUGUUGAGAGGCUGAAAAAGAAAUCAGGAUGCAAAUUAAGAGAUAACAAUGCAACAGCAUUAAAAUGCCAGUUUUCUAGACGAGACCUCGGAGGACAUUCUGAUAACUGUGGUUGCGUUCAAUAAACCCGCAGCUGACGAUUGGUUGGUAUAUCAAACUCAUUAUCAUAUUUAUACAAGCUCUGAGGAUCGGCUUCAAAAAUCUCAGCUAUUUGCGAAACUAUCGAAAUGGUUUUUUGGCUCAAUAUUCUUGGCUGGUUACUUUCCGUCGUAACUAUUGUGGGAAACGGAUUUGUAGUCGGCCUUGUCUCCAAGAAUCGUCAACUUCAUUCCUCGGCAAAUUGGUUUGUCCUUUCCUUGGCAGUGGCCGACUUAACGAUCGGAUUUGCCGUCUUUCCGUUACAAUAUCUUUGUAUCGAGAAAAUAAAGUGCGACUCCUUCGUGACCACGGCAAUGUUUUGGUUCUUUCUUCACUCGUCAGUUGCCAAUCUCUGUACAUUGACUUGGGAUCGCUAUAUCGCCAUAGUUCACCCUUUUAGGUAUACUAACUUCAUAACCAAAAGACACCCUGGAUUGGUCAUCACAGCAGCAUGGUUGAUUCCCUUUGCGAUUUCACUAUCACUAUUGGUGGGGAUGUACGCAACAGACUCCACAACUGCAUGGAAAAUUCUACGUCUAACAGGCGUCUCUGUCUUUGACAUGAUAUCCUGCGUGCUGCUUCUUUAUGCUGUGGUUCGUAUCUUAGUUGUAGCUCGCGCCCAAGCCAAAAUAUCUAACGCGAUUCAACUACAACUUCAGUCUAACCAAUCUAGUGAAGUUACAGGAACAGUUCGUAAACGCAAAAGAUCCAACGCAGCUGGCUUCGUAGUGGCCAUAGUCGUGUUCUUCCUAGGAUGUUAUGCACUUGUAAAUUACUUAAUUUUAUGCUUCACGUUUUCUUGCAAAGUUCCGGGCAAAGCUGGUCAGAUUCUUAAUGUUCUUCUUGUUUUGAAUUCCGCUGCGAAUCCUGUUGUUUAUGCGUUUUGUAAGAAUGACAUUAAAACGCACAUGAAAAAGCUUUUUUGCAACUGGAAUAAGGACCAAUGGGAAAGUCGUGUGUAAGAGGUUCCCCCGUGGUAACAUUCUGUGCGUCCAUCGUUUUCAAGUAUCCAUUUACAUUUUUCAAUUUUUUUUUUUGAGA